AUGCAGCUACCCACACAACCACUCUUUCCGACAGCGCCAACCACGCCUGGCCGCUCGCAAAGACAGCCGCAGAACAACCCCGAUAAUACUAACCAUCAGCAACAGCAACAGCAAUACGGUUUGUUGCCGCAGCCCUCAUUAACAGCGCCCAUCGGCAUUCGUGCGCGGUCAGCGUCAGUUAUAAACAGCAUCAAUGAGGCCAGCAGCAGCAACAGUACCCAAACCCAAAUUCGCAACACUCUGCAUCGGUAUGAUUCGGAUCAACGCGGAACCAAGCGGCCGGCGGCAAUGAACAGCCCGUGCGACUAUUCAAAGCCGCACUCCAUGCUUUCAACGCUCUCAACGCUCUCAACAAUGUCGACACACUUGGUGCAGGGUGGACGGCAGGACACAGGCGAGUCCCAUAACAGCGGCAGCCGGCGGAGCAGCAUGAGCCUUGGUGAAGACCUGCAGCAGCAACAGCAACAGCAACAGCAGCGACAGCGGCACGCUAGGCGGCCCGAGAGCAAGCGGCACCACCAUGACAACUCGCUGAAAGCGUACUCGCUGGCGCCGCGCAGCACAGCUCCGGGCGGUUGGUGCGAACCACAGCUGCCGCCGCCGCCGCCUCUGUGGUUUGACGCGCAGACACAGCUGCCAGCGCAGGACAUUGUCGACGAGCUGCUCAGCCACACAGAGCUCGAGUUCAACAUGAUCAGCAAAGUCAUUCACCCGCGCGCGUUCUUGACUGACUACCACGGCGGCCGUGUCAGCGCGUUUCUGCUGCUGACAGUCAUGGCCAACAACACAAUGUACAGCACCCACCGUGCCAUUUUGGCACUGGGCGUCGCCACCGCCACAAAGAUGUUUAUCGACCGCGCAAAGGCCUUUGCCCCAGACGCCUUCGAGCACCCCGGCGUGUGCAACUGCCAGGCGCUGCUGCUUCUGACCAUUGCGUACAUGCAUCAGGGCAUGCUGGACGUCGCUAGCCACUACUCGAGCGCAACGCUCAAGAUACUUGAGCAGCUGGGCGUCUGCAGGAUCGACGACAGCGCCUUCGGCUCUGAUGACGAGUGGAUCUCCGAGUCGUCUUGGUUGGACCGCGAGCAGAUCCGGCGUGUCAUCUGGGCCAGCUUCACAGUCGACACGUUUCUCUCGCUGAUGAUGCACAAGCCGCCGUGCGUACCCGUCGACCUCAGUGGGGUCAACCGGCCGUGCGCGCCCACAAUGUGGUACGUGGGCAUGGACGCGUUCGACUCAUCCAGAUUUCCCAAGUUUGAGCCCAAGCCUGAGGACACAGCGUAUGUGACGGCUAUCAAGCAGAUCAAAAUGGGCGGCAUGCCGUGGCGCAUCAACGGCGCCACUGUGCAACUCAACUUUGCCAUGCUGGGAAAUGCCAUCCUCAAGGGCGUUGUCGACCCGUACUGCCGCCAGGACCACCUGGACAGGCUCGUGGCCAACGCCCACCGGUCGCUGAUGGACUGGGUCGGCGCCGCGCCCGAGAUGCCCAGUGAGCCGACAUUCGCUGAAGUCCAGCAUACCCUGAUGCUGCUCUCGGCCGCACUGUGCCUAAAGUCCGUUGUCACACCGUACCUGAUCUCUCGCAGUCGCUGUGUCGCCGACGACAAGGCCAAGCCUCUGUCUGAUGGCGCCGCUAUCACUGAGAACGACGCGUUUGCCGCGCUCGGCGACAUCAACUCUCCGGCGACCGUCGACCGGCUGCUCACAGACUUUCUGCGCACAGCCUGCAACGUGCACCGGUACGCGCGACUAUCAACCGACAUGAUCAACAACAACGUUCCGCCAAUGUUUCUCGCACACUCGCUGAUGAUCUCUGGUGGCAUGCUCGCUGCCUGCGCCCACAGCGCUCCAACUAUGGCGUUGCGCGACUACUUUGCUGCCGCCUGCAUGUUCAUUAAGGGCAUGUGCCGAGACACAAUGCGCAAAUCUUUGCUCUUCCGCAUUUCGUUGCAUGAAAUUGAGUGUGUCGAGGAUAUGGUGCGCUUCUUGCCGCGCAGACUGGACACCCUGCAGCUCGAACAAAUCAGAGAUGCGCUGGUGCCUGAGUCAAUGGAGAAAGUUGUAAAUAAGAGGUUCCGCACGCUGAUCGGCAUCAUACGCGAGAUCACCCGGAUGCCGCCUGUGGAGAAUGCCAGUGGUAGGAUGCCGGCUGAGGAUGAUUCCCAUGGAGCCGGCAAUGGGGGCGCAUCGUUGGAGCCAGCAGUAACUACAACGGCAGCAGCAGUAGCAGCAUCAACGCUAACAGCAACAGCGGCAGCAAAGUUGGCGUCAUCAGAACCGAGGACAUUGGCUGCGCAGGGCAGUAUUCCGCUGACCAGCGAUUGGUGCGCGAUCUUUGGCCGCCGCUCAGCAUCGGCGUCGACUUCCCACCACCUGCACAAUCAGAACCACCACCAUCACCGCGCCAGUGGCAUUGCCAGUGGUACCAGCAUUGGCAUUGGCGCGCGCACAACUAACCUCGAACGAUCAUUGACAAUGUCCUCAGACACUACUAGCAGCGAUAAAUCCGACGCAGCAUAUUUUCCUUUGCCACUCGGCCACGAGAUGGAGGCCACAGAAACAACAGCAUCGGCGUCAGUGCUAGUGCCAGUGUCAGUAUCAGCAGCACAAACAGCACAAACAGCGGCAGCGGUGACGGAUGAUGCGCAAAACAAUAAAGUGUUUGACUGUAAGCUGACAUUCACAGCCAUCUCCAGUGUGCUUGUUGCAUUGUCAGUGGCUGCCAAAGAAGAAUACUUUUUUGAAUUCCUCAAGGAUAUGUGGCCGGGUGGUCGAGAAAACUCAGCUUUGCCGUUGUCGCCGGCAGCUGCGGCUGUGGAAGUGGCAAUGGCGGCGUCUCCGUCUAGCCAGGGCACCUCCCGCGCGGCACGCGCGCUAUCAAAUCGGGUUGGUGCCCUGGAUAUCCGGCCACCACCACCGCAGCAACCGCAACUUCCGCUCGACGACACAUUAAUGGACAUUAAGGCAGACUAA